GGACUGACAUCUCAAAGUACACCAGGUGUGAUCGUGAUCAGAUCUCUGCUGUUGAUCUACUUGGACGGCUUCUAUGACAAACCACAGAGCACAGUCGAAGUUCAUCUGAUUUACCUUUACCAACAGCUGUGGGUCAGGAUAUGAACUUGAAAGUGUUCUGCCCGUCUCUCCUGGACUUUGUUCUUCUGCUACAGUAGGAAUAUGAUAUGAUAUGACCAAUACAUAUCUGGUGUUAUCAUAACAGGAUCCGCUCGGAUUACUUCUCCAGCACUCUAUGGAGGAUUUAACUGUUGGAACUGGCAGGCAGCCACCGUGAAUAAAAUAUGAACAAGCUUAAACAUCAAGCAACUUUGUUCUGCUGGUCUAUGCUUCUUUUAGAAGUGUCAUGCCUCACUGAGUUUGAGAUAACUGUGCCUAGAGGUCCUGUCACUGGGUUUUACGGAGAGGCGCUGAUCCUCCCCUGCACCUUCCCUGUGGACUCGUGGGAUCUGAGUAGCACCCUUAUCUCCUGGAAGCGUGGGCUGGACGUUGCUCACAGCUUCUACUACAGUCAGCUUCUACUACAGCUCGACCGUCAGAAUCCUCAUUAUGUGAACCGCACCAGCCUGUUCAUCCAGGAGAUGGCAGAAGGAAACGCAUCACUCAAACUGGACAGAGUCACUCUGCAGGACUCUGGUGUGUACACCUGCUCCAUCAGCACCAACACUGGCAGCCAGAAGAAGAGCUUUAGAGUCGAUAUUGCAGCGUUCUACUCUGAACCUCGUCUGCAGUUCUCCAUGUUAACUGAUGGAGUCAACCUGCUAGUGACAUCAGAUGGGGGUUACCCUUCUCCUACACUGCAGUGGCUGAUGGAAAACUCAGACAUCACUAACCAGACACAAACACACAUCAUGAAGGACACACAAACUGGACUUUAUAUUGUGUCUAGUUGGAUAAAUCUCACUGAAGUCACAAACUCCUCUCUGACGUUCAUACUGAACAACAAACCUCUGGGUCAGGAGAUCAGGAGGGAGAUCCAGCUGUACUCAGAUAAGAGGGAGAGACAAGGAGAGUCAGCGUACAGAUGCCACGGAUGCUUCAUAUUGAUCCCUGUUAUUCUGCUGCUGCUGAUCAUCAUAAUGGGUUUAUUGUUUGUGUUCAUUACAAGCAGAAGAAGAGAACAGACCAAACUAAAUGGCUUUACUAAUAUGGGACUCAAGUCUGAAACCAAAAUCCUAAAUGAAAAAUUUCAGCAGUGUCCAGGAGCAUAACAUCAUAAUGUGGUUUGACAGAGACAUGGACUGUAACGAGAGAUCACUGUUGGAUAUUAUUCAAACUUUAAUAUGGUUAAUGUUUUUAUUUUCAUCAAACACACCAACUUACCAUCUGUAAUACAGGACAUAUUUACUGACAGGUUCAAGUUAAAUUCAUCAAACUCCCACUGUAAAAAUGCUGCUUUAUUUAAAUGUUGGAUUUGCCUAUAUAUUAUUUAUUAUUAAUGUACAUUGUGAUGUUUUGAUGUUUGUUAUAUGUGUAUUGUAGUGUAUUUUAUUAUGUUUAUUCAUUUGAGUUGGAGAGUGUGUUGGAAGUAGUUGGUAGUUGUCAAUUUUGGGCCAGAGUAUUGGCAAAACCAAAACAACAUCUAUUAUGACAGUGAGAUGAAGAAAAAUGAAUGAAAAGUGUCAGCUGCAGCAUUACUUUGAUUCAGAUCUGCUCACAUUGCAUUAAAGAUUUCUUUUUACAGUUUUUGAAGUGUUGAGCAUUAUCAGUCUGUGUUAAUAAACAUGCCAUGUCAGAUGCAGCUUUUGACAACAAAAAGACAACACAUAAAGGUAAUUCUAACAAUUGCCCUUACAAAUGCCCCUGGAAUUCAAUCCCAGGGUGCAAAUGUGACCCC